AUGUCUUUGUAUGACACUGCAGAUCACAGCACAGUGUGUGAUAUAGCAGAUGAUGAUGUCAUGGAGGAAACCACUCAGUCUACCCAACCAAGAUUCCCCUUCCUCUGGUGCAAUGUAAGAAAAGGAUUCAACCACAGAUGCCAGAUGCUUGGCAUCAUUCUGGCAACAAGAAUGUUAGAAAAGGAUUCAAACUCAGAUGCCAGAUGCUCAGCAUCAGUCUGGCCAGAAGAUGAGGUGGAACACAACCAAGAUUACCCUUCCUCUGGCGAAAUGUUAGAAAAGGAUUCAACCUCAGAUUCCAGAUGCUCAGCAUCAAUCUGGCCAAAAGGUGAGGUGGAACACAACCAAGAUUACCCUUCCUCUGGAAAAAUGUUAGAAAAGGAUUCAACCUCAGAUGCAAGAUGCUUGGCAUCAAUCUGGCCAGAAGGUGAAGUGGAACAUAGUGCAUCCAGAUGCUUUACAAAUGACAUUGAGAAUGAUGAUGGCCAUGCAACCACCACCACCAUGCAAAUGACAAUGCACAGUGCAUGUCUACCCAACCAAGAUUAUCCUUCCUCCAGCAAAAUGUUAGAAAAGGAUUCAACCCCAGAUGCAAGAUGCUUGGCAUCAAUCUGGCCACCAGGUGAAGUGGAACACAGAACCAACUCAGUCCACCCAACCAAGAUUACCCCUCCUCCGGUGCAAUGUAAGAAAAGGAUCAUGCCUCAGAUGGAAGAUGCUUGGCAUCAGUCUGGCCACCAGAUGAAGUGGAGCACAAUGACAACGAGAAUGAUGAUGGCCAUGCCACCACCACACACAUGA